GCACCAUUGUACCUUGGCCCCAUGGAUGAGAGACAGUCACCCUCCCCCUGCUCUUCAAGGCCAUCAAGCCCCAGGACCCCGCCCUGUGAAAUGCUUGGUUCUGUGGGUAUUGAGGCUGUGCUGGACCAGCUGAGGAUCAAAGCCAUGAAGACCGGGUUUGAGUUCAACAUCAUGGUAGUAGGGCAGAGUGGGCUGGGCAAGUCCACCAUGGUGAACACACUGUUCAAGUCCAAAGUGUGGCAGUCAAGCCUGCCCAGCCUGGAGCUGCCCAUGCCACAGACCCUGGAGCUGCACUCCAUGACCCACGUUAUUGAGGAGAAGGGCUUGAAGCUGAAGCUGACAGUGACAGACACACCCGGCUUUGGGGACCAGAUCAACAAUGACAAAUGCUGGGACCCAGUGCUGAGCUACAUCAACCAACAGUAUGAACAGUACCUGCAAGAGGAGCUUCUCAUCACCCGCCAGCGUCACAUCCCUGACACCCGCGUGCACUGCUGCGUGUACUUUGUGCCACCCACUGGCCACUGCCUACGGCCCUUGGACAUUGAAUUCCUGCAGCGGCUGUGCCGGACUGUGAACGUGGUACCGGUGAUUGCCCGGGCUGACAGCCUGACCAUUGAGGAGCGAAAUGCCUUCAGGAGCAGGAUUCAAGAAAACCUGAAAACUUACUGCAUUGAUGUGUACCCACAAAAGUGUUUUGAUGAGGACAUCAAUGAUAGGCUCCUCAACAGCAAGAUCCGGGAGCAGAUCCCCUUUGCUGUGGUGGGGGCUGACCGAGAGCAUCUGGUGAACGGGAGGUGUGUACUGGGCCGGAAGACCAAGUGGGGCAUCAUUGAAGUGGAGAACAUGGCACAUUGUGAGUUUCUUCUCCUGCGAGACCUGCUUAUCCGCUCUCACCUCCAGGACCUGAAGGACAUCACCCACAACAUCCACUAUGAGAACUACCGAGUCCUCAGACUCAACGAGAGCCACCAGCUGCCCCGAGGGCCUGGCUGUGUGAACCUUGCCCCCGCCUCCCCAGGACAACUGAUCUGCCCUGGGCCAGGAAAGGUCCGCAGACGGGCUAACAAGGAUUCCAAGGAAGAUGAGGGCUGAGGACCCAUGGUCCCAGGUCUGCUGGGCACCUCCACUCCUCAGCAGUCAUCCCCCACCACACAUCUGUGUACUAUAGCAUCUAUGAGAAGUGGACAUUACUUUGUACUAAAAGCUGUGC